AUGAUUAAUUUCUUAACAAUAUUUAUUGUCAUUGCUGCAAAUUUAUUGUCAAUUGCUCUGGCUAUCCCAGGAACAGCCACUUUCUACACAAGCUAUGUUCCAUCGGCUUGUUACGGGAAUAAGGGUUUCGGGGUUAACAUAGCCGCGGCUAGCGAUCCUCUGUGGGCCGGAGGAGCCAUUUGCGGUAAAAUGUACAACGUCACGUGCGUGGGGCCCACUAACCCGGUCCCGCACCCAUGCACCGGGAAGAGCGCGGUUGUGAAGAUAGUCGAUCAUUGCCCGGGAUGCGGAGGAACCCUAGAUCUCUCUAAGGAAGUGUUUGCCACAAUUGCUAAUCCUAUAGCAGGAAUUAUCAAGAUUGAUUAUCAACCGUAA